CCGUUGUGUCGACUGUACAUGUCCAGCAUAGGACGCCGGUGUACGGUACAGGUAGACUUCUCUCUGCUAAGGAGGCCUGUCGGCGUAAUCAGAGCCGCGAUGGAGAUGAACCACACAGCUGAUAUCCUGGGCUCGGCCUACCUGGCGGUGGAGUACGUGGACUCCCUGCUACCAGCCAACCCACUGCAGGAGCCCCUGAAAACCGCAUGGGACUACAUGCUGAACAACUACACCAAGUUCCAGAUCGCCACCUGGGGCUCGCUCUUCGUCCACGAGUUCAUCUACAUCCUCUUCUGUCUCCCCGGGUUCAUCUUCCAGUUCCUGCCCUUCAUGCAGAAGUACAAGAUACAGCAGGACAAACCAGAGACGUGGGAGAAACAGUGGAAGUGCUUUAAGGUGCUGCUCUUCAACCACUUCUGCAUUCAGCUGCCAUUGAUCUGCGGAACAUACCAUUUCACCGAGUUCUUCUCCAUCCCCUACGACUGGGACUCCAUGCCGAGAUGGCCCUACCUGCUGGCCCAGUGCUUUGGCUGUGCGGUGGUGGAAGACGCCUGGCACUACUUCCUGCACAGACUCCUACACCACAGGAGAAUCUACAAAUACAUCCACAAGGUCCACCACGAGUUCACUGCUCCAUUUGGGAUGCAGGCGGAAUACGCGCAUCCGGCGGAAACCCUCAUCCUGGGAGCCGGAUUCUUCAUUGGAAUCAUGAUCUUCUGCAACCAUGUGACCCUGCUGUGGGCCUGGGUCACCAUCCGCCUGCUGGAGACUAUUGACGUGCACAGCGGAUACGACAUCCCGGUGAACCCGCUGCACCUCAUCCCCUUCUACGCCGGAGCCCGUUUCCACGACUUCCACCACAUGAACUUUGUGGGAAACUACUCCUCCACCUUCACCUGGUGGGACAAGCUCCUGGGCACAGACUCGCAGUACAGGAGCUUCCAGCACAAGCAGGAGCUGAAGAAGGAGGAGUAAAGCGCCGGGGAAGCGCCGUGGCUUUCUGCAGUUCGGUUUUUCUUUACCCUCUCUCCUCCGGUUCUGUCCAGUCGGGCCCUGUGAAGUGAACACGGCACAGGAACAAACAGACAAGGCCUCCAUUAAAUCCCUACAUCGCGCUUUGACUUAUAAUUUAGGCAAAUGUUGUUUUUUUUUAAAUAAUUACGCGACGUCACGCCCCGGGUUUGGCGGUAGCUGUAACCGAGAAGCGUGUGGCGAGAGAGAAUGGCGGCUUGCUGUGAGAAAGGCAAAGCGCCCGGCGGUUUAGAUUGAAUGGAGGCUGAAAUCACAGUGGAAUUUAGCGCACGCAUCCAGACCUUUGCAUUCUUAAUUAAUCCCUUUGAAGUGCACCUUCAUUCAUAUGCCUGAUUAACAUCAUUAGUGUUUUAGUUUGGUUCGAGCUGUGUUACAAUGCACUGAUAUCAGUGCAUGUAAAAUAAAUCCAAAUCCUUGUUGGAUUCUACACUAUAAUGACAGUGCUUAUUGCAGAUUUACAAUUGGCAGGGUCCGUGGCUCACUGUUGUAAGGUUAUCAUGCAAGUAGCUGCUACCUUCAUGAGUAGAAACAUUUAUUAGAUUCCCUGGUGAGAUUUCCAUCUGCAUUUAAUUAUACUUCUUCUCCAAUAGAAAUUACCCACAGUGCCUUGCUUUGAAGACAGAUAUCUCUCAUUCUGCAGUGUUCUCAUGUGAUUCACGAAUCACCACUGGAUUUAACGGAACGGAAAUCUGUGCGUACGGGACAUAUUAACGACCAAAUGUGCUUUACAUGAAACACGCUCACUGUAUAUACGUCUUAACACUUUUGUAAAGGGUAAUAAAUUGCAUAUUACACAGCACUUUACAUGUCCUCUGUCAGACUUAAGCACUGUACUACUUCCUUUUUUUUCGCCCAGACAUGUAUUUGUUUUUUAUACCUGAAAUAUCUUGAACAUAAUCUAACAGUAUGCUGCAGAUUGCUGGAACAUGAAUCUGUUUAAAAAUAUGGAGCCUUUUUUGUCUGAUGUCCUUCUUCUUCAUGAUGAAUGUGUAUAAAUGUACCACUGGAUAAAUUAGCAUGGAGAUUGCAUGUUAAAUAAUGUUCCACUGAAAUGCCAUUUUGGUUUGAUAUUAGAAAGUCAUGCAAGUGAAAACCAGCAAAGCUGUAAUGUAAGUUUUUUUCAAGCAUUUGUAUUUUUUCAAUACAAUCAAGAAAAUUGAUUAUUGGCCGUUACUGGACAAAGACUGAAAUUGUUUUGUAUGGGCACUGUGUGCAUCUAUGCUUCUGAAAUGUGAGUGGAAAUGUCAGAGAAAUCAUGUGGGAAAUCUCAUUUGAAAACCCUAUAACACUUUGUGUCUGCCCUGCUCUACAUCUAACCCUUCGAUUUUAGGUUUUUUGGAAUGUUUUGUUUUUUAAAAUUCUAAGUCAAUGUUCUAGAACUCCAUUGCUUUCCAUUACCAGUAGUGAUUGUGACAUUAGCAUUAGAACUUUCAGAUAAGAACAUUCUGAUCUCAUAUUUGUGAUCUUACACCUUAAAGGGUUUACAGGACAGCAGUGUAUGGUGAGCAUCUGCGACAUGUCAAAAUAAGGAAGUGCGAAGCCCCUUUCAUACAAAUGUAGAAUUCAUACCUGUUUGGUUGAUACUUUUGAAGUGACCACACAGUGUGCUACAUAUGUACCACUAUAACACACAUAGAGAAACAUUUUAGAAUCAGGACAAAUCAUUCUUUGUCUUUGCGUUUCAUACAAAUAAAAUUCUAGCUGAAAGAAGAA